UAGCGUCUCGAUAUGGUUCGGUUGGUCCGCCGGCUGCAGUCCACUCGCGAAUGUUCGCGCCGCGUCGCGUAUGACGAAUGACAAUUCGAAAAUCGAAUAGCGAAAAAAAAGUGCAACUGCCAGUGAUUAUUUUCAAACACCUUAAAUCGAUAAAGUUCCUGAUAACAACACUAUAGAAUUAACGAAAAUGUCAAAGUUAAAACCAUAGACUAACACAUAGACAAUAACCCAGAAAGAUAUGUCCUUUGCCUAGUUCAGUGGAUAAAAAAUCCACUCAUAUGCACAGAGAGGCCUCCCACGUCUUCAGGGAUUCUCUCAAACUACGCCAGAAACUACUACAACGGACUACCACGUACUUUAAAGUGGUAGAAUUCGUCAAAAAGGACGCCAUACGAUUCUUCACUUACGACUACGAAAUACACCAACUGAUAUGAAUAUAUUUAUAGUCAAUGGCUAUCAUUCGAAAAACCUCGUUAAGCUGAAACUCAUUUGAUUCUCUGACAAUAAUAUAGACUUUAUAAUUUUAAGCAAUUUUACAAUAUAAAAAUAUAGAAAUCAAGAUGGCGGUGAAGGCGGAGCCAAUAGGUCCGAGAAACGGGCACGAGUUGGCGCCUUUGAAUACGAGGGCAGAUGGAAGUGAGAGGCCUCAUGGGGUCACGAUUGUCCUGCAGGGCUCCAGGGGGUCGCUGCAGAGGGUCCCGGAAGUGCCAGGGGAGGACCGAGCAGCCUGGUCUGGAAAGUUGCAGUUCUUCCUGUCCAUCAUUGGGUAUUCGGUGGGAUUGGGGAAUAUAUGGAGGUUCCCGUAUCUGUGCCAGCAGAAUGGAGGAGGUGCGUUCCUCAUUCCGUUCCUGAUCAUGCUGGUGCUGGAAGGCAUCCCUCUCUUCCUCAUCGAGAUGGCCAUCGGGCAGAAGAUGCGGCUCGGCUCCUUGGGGGUGUGGAAUACAAUUCACCCCUGGCUGGGGGGGAUCGGCAUCUCCUCCUGUAUAGUGACGCUGUUCGUGGCGUUGUACUACAACGUCAUCAUCACGUGGGUGUUCUUCUACCUGUUCAACAGUGUUAGGAUCAACCUCCCCUGGGCCACCUGCCCCUCAGACAACAGCAGCGCCCAAAUUGAGUGCAACAAGGCCUCAGCAACCGCCUACUUCUGGUACCGCUCAGCGCUGGACGCGUCUCCAAGCAUCGAGGAACCAGGCGCGCCGAGGUGGUGGAUCGUGCUGUGUCUGCUUCUGGCCUGGAUUGUGGUGUUUUUUAUUGUGAUGAAGGGGAUUCAGAGCAGCGGGAAGGUGGUGUACUUCACGUCGCUGUUCCCGUACGUGGUGCUGACCAUAUUCUUCAUCAGAGGGAUCACGCUGCCGGGCUCUGCCGAUGGCAUCGUGCACAUGUAUAGCCCGAAGCUUGAAAUGCUCCUCGAGCCUACCGUGUGGCUGGACGCGGCCACGCAAGUGUUCUACUCCUUCGGUCUCGCGUUCGGGUCGCUGAUCGCCUUCGGCUCCUACAACCCGCCCGAUAACAACUGCGUGCGUGACGUGUUGCUCGUGUCGGUGUGCAACGCGCUUACGGCCAUAUACGCGUCCGUGGUCAUAUUUAGUAUACUUGGGUUCAAGGCGUAUACUAUGGCGGAGAGGUGCAUUGCUAGCUCCAUUGAGAUCUUGGCUCACAACAACGUCCCCGGGUUCUACCCUAACACGACCUUCGACUACUACAGAGAGCACUACCCCGAUCUGGUCAAGGAGAACAUCACGAGCCGACUCAAUCUGUCGGAUUGCAGCAUGAGCAAGCAGCUUAAUGAGGCGGCCGAAGGCACAGGCCUAGCCUUCAUCGUGUUCACCCAAGCCAUAGUAGAACUGCCCUUCGCUCCGUUCUGGUCCAUCAUCUUCUUCCUGAUGCUGCUGUCCCUGGGCCUAGGCAGCCAGAUCGGCAUCAUGGAGGGCAUGCUCUGCACCAUCUUUGAUAUCGAGUUCUUUAAGAGGAUCAGCAAGCCGAUUAUCACUGGUAUCGUAUGUGUCUUCUGCUUCGUAACUGGCUUGAUCUUCACUACGGGCGCGGGCGAGUACUGGCUCAAGAUGUUUGACUCCUUCGCCGGCACCAUCGGUCUGGUAGUGGUCGCGCUCUUGGAGAUGGUCUCUGUCAUUUACAUCUAUGGCCAUGAGAAGUUCUCAAAUGACAUCUACGAGAUGACGGGCUACCGCCCCGGGCUCUACUGGCAAUUGACAUGGCGCUACAUCGGGCCCUGCGUCGUAUCCUGCAUCCUGCUCUCGUCAAUAAUUUCCAUGAUCUAUUCGCCUCCCACCUACGGGGCUUGGAAUGCUGAUGAGGGCCGCGUGGUGAAGACUCCAUACCCUGACUGGGUGCUCCUCAUCGCUCUCUGCAUGAUCCUGGCCGGCAUCUUGCCCAUCCCUGUCGUGCUGUUGCUGCGCCGCUUCCAAUGCCUCGCCUUCGACGUGGACAUCCACCAGGGCAGCAUCAGGAGAAUCGAGACUACCGUGUCGACUAAGGAGAUGAUGAGUGAUCAGGAUUCCUCAGACGAAGCCAUCGACGAUCACUACUCGUCCAGCAGCGACGAAGAAGUACUCAACGCGGGCCGUCUCGCCAUGCGACCGGUUUUCAAAAUGGACGUCGUCGAGCCGUUAGGAAUUUGAAAAUCGAAUUCAAUUAUUUUUCGUUUCAUGCAUCUUAACCUCAUCGAUAUCGCAUGCGAUUUUUGAUAUAUUUCGGCAUUUCUGCGACCUAUUGAAUUCGUUGCUUAAGGGUCGGCAGUGUAUCAAAAACGACAUGAAAUAUUCGGGGACCUCAGUAGCUAGAGCUAAUUAUUUUCUGAGAAGUUUGGUUGGUUUCAUUAUGCGUAACACCAUCGAAUGCAAAUUGACAGGUUGUAACAGUAAAAAAAAAAAAUUUGGUUACAGAAUACCACAGUUUAUGAAAAACUAUUAUGUUCAUUUCGCACUUGCAUUUGCGUGAUCAACCGACAGCAAGCUCGGUCGAAUUUCACCUUCCCAUACAAACGGAGUUUCGUUCUCAUUUUAAAACUUCGUGUUGGAUUGUAAUGAAACUUUGCACGUACUAUUACAUGAUGUACAUCUAUGCCUGUAAUUCGUUUAUAUAGCUGCAACUUAUAAAACAAACAAAAUAGAGCAAAAAACAAGUUUGUAUGAAAAACUUAAAUUCGCUGUAUUUUUUAACUAUAGGCAUAGAUAUACCUUAUCUUAUUGUAAGUACAAAGUUUUAGAGAAAUCUAGCUAUUCGUUUUAAAAUGAGAGCGUGACUACGUUUGUGUUGAGCUCGCUGUGGACUCUUAAUUUUUUUUUUUUCUAAUUUGAAUUACAAUCUAAAUCUAAUGUUCAACACGAACAUCAUAAAAUGGCCCCAUCGGCCGCGUACGCAACCAGAGCUUCGUAACCAGAUGCGAUCGGUAACUAUUUCUGCCUUGUACGAAACCGGUUGCGAUCAAAAACUAAUUCCGUCUUACUAGUUAUCAGUUACGAUCGAACACUUUUCUUUGUUGUACGAAACCUUUCGACCUUUGAUAAAAUCAGUUAAGAUUAUAUUUAUACACCUUGUUAUACAGUAUAAGUACUGUACACAUUAUAUAUCUAGUCAAAAAUCAGAACACAAAAAUUGUACCAGCUAACAACAACAACAUCGAACGCCCUCCUCUUCUUGUCGUAAUAAAAUCAAUUUCAGCGUUUAUAUCAUUCAUUUUUAUUACAAAGUACAUAGAUUAUUUGCAGACAUGCGAAUAAUAACUAAUGACAGCUAACAAUAUAAUGACAUUAUCUAGAGUAAUCAGAUUAUUAGAACUCACUUGAAGUAAUGUUUAAGUGGUUAGUGAUUUGUUAUAUUACCCACUGUAAAGGUUUCAUAUAAGAUCUAAAUAUGUUAUAUUGAGUUUUGUUAAAUCAAUAGUUUCCAAAAAAUGCACAGGAUAAGAAAUUAUAAUGAGUAUCAUGACAAAAUAUUUGAAAAAAAAAACCUAUAGCUAGAUGGCCCAGACAUUGGUUUCGUAUAAGAACGAGAAGUGUUCGAUCGUAACUGGUUACGGGUAAGACGAAAUUAGUUUUUGAUCGCAACCGGUUUCGUACAAGGCAGAAAUAGUUUUCGAUCGCAUCUGGUUACGAAGCUCUGGUUGCGUACGCGGCCGAAGGGAAAAUGGCCGUAGGUAUACGUAUAUAUAUUUACGUACUUAUAUGUACAGUAAACGAUGACCAGACCUGUCAAUUUUAAUAUUUGAAGUUGCGUUUACAUAUUGAUAAAUCAAUUGAUAUUGCGACGUUAUUUUACGAUAUUUAUUUAUCCUAGUUGUAAGUGUAAGUCAAGCCACAGAUGGAUCAAAACUCGCUCAGUAUGCUACGUAUCUUAAAUCUCAAGAAAUUAAAUGUGAUAUGAAUCUAGCCGCCUUCAUACAAUAGAAGCGACGCUCUCAUUUUAAAAGGACAUGAGGACAUGCUUAACACAUGCCAACUUCGUAGCGCUACGCUCGUAGCCGAUCUCAGCGUUUUUCGGCUUUGUAGAGGAAAGCUACUACAGAGAUCCCGCCGAGCGGGUUCCACAACACAAGUAGGUAAUAUAUAUCCUAAGUAGUAACAUAUAUCUAUAUGUCUAAUACUAGUUUUCGUUGCUAAAAAUUGUUAUAUAAAAAAAUAGAGAGAGUGGAAGUUUUUUUUUAAUGUAUAACAUCUACUCGCUCAAUUUCUUUCUACCUAUUACUAAUUAACAUCUUACAUUUCAAUACACUAGUACAAGAUAUAUAUAUAUAUAUAUAAUAUUACUUGAAUUGUUCAAGUCAAGUUUCAUGACAUUUCAGAAUUUCGUAUACACAUUCACCGCUGAACUACGGUCGUAGCCGAUUAAAUGAAUUUCCCGGUAUGUGGCGAAAAUGCUUCGUAGAGGCAAAACGACAAAGUGUCGUGAUUAGCGCAGAAUGGGAUAAAAUAAGAGCGUAAUUUCAAUUGAUGGUAAAGAUAUUAGAUAUUGUGCGCGUAUCAAAUUGAUCAUCUGUUCGCAGUGUUGGCCGAAUGUUAAUUAUAAUUGACCAUAUUGAAAAUUAGAGCGGAGCGUAACGGACGGUUACGCAGCGGCUUACGUGAGCGAAUAACUCGCGAACGCGACACGGCGCGGCGCGACGGCCCAGUGGUGUUCGCAACGAGAUCGCCCACGUAGAACACUUCUAUAGGUAUUGUUGAUGCUAUAGGUGCUCCACUUUACAAACUCGAAAUACGGGAUACGAAAAACAGUUUAAUUUCACAAAGUUACAGACACCACGUGAAUUUUAUAUGAGAGCGAUAUGUACAAAAACAAAAACCGUUGGAACCUUGUCGCUGCGUCACACGUAUUCUACCUUCAAAUUUCAGCUUAAAACUAACAUUGUACAAAUUAUCAGAGUACCACCCUAUUAAACAAAAUUAAAUUAAAGAGAAAAAAACCAUUUUGAGCACGUUGCUAACAGGUAUCAAAGAAUUGAUUCAACCGCGCCGUUUCGCGUUCGCGAGUUAUUCGCUCCCGUAAGCCGCUGCGUUACAGUUUACUGUUCAAUUUGUAAUGGUUAAUUUUCAAUUCUAAUUAACGUUCGGCCAACGCUGUCUGUUAGUCUGUAAGUGUUCGCAAUGCGGAGAAUCUCAGUGAAAUAUGCCAAUGGUUCUAAAAUAAGUCGUUGAUAAUUAGAGAAAUGUUAAAUUCAUGUGCACACAGGGUAGGCUAAGAGGACUUUGAAAAUGGCGCCGGUUAAAAACUAUCUUAGGUAUAUUCGAGUUUUAAAAAUUAAAAGUCCGAAUAGGCCUCCAAGUACAAUAUUUAUAAAUAAUAAUAAAAUUACAGUCAGUUUGUAAUUUGCAAUAAGUGAAUUUGCAUUAAAAGUAACGGGGCAACCAAAGAGCUCACAAAAAUGUGAUCACGAAUUGAUUGACAAGCCGUUAUUUAAAAGAUUUGGGCACCCUGAUGUAUAGUAUAGAUAUUUUUCGCAUCUGUACUUUAUGCGUCUAAAUUAAGGAUAAAAAUGCCCGUACACUAAAACAAUCACAUAAAAAUCUAAAUAGUGAAUAUGGCUUAAGCCUUGAAGUUAGUAUUUAACUUUUGAUGAUUUUUACCUCCUUUUAGAUUCGUCAUGUCCGUCUGUCUGUCCGAUUAUGUCACAGCCACUUUUUUUAAAACCAGAUCUAAGGACGGACCUUACGGACACUAAAAAUGGUACUAGUUCAGCGGUGUCAAUCACGAAUUCGAGCCAACCGUGCAGUCUAACGCAACUAGUUGUAAUGCAACUGGUGAUGCGAACUCAUCAACCAAUCGCGUUGUGGCGUUAGACUACACGAUUGGCUCAAAUUCGUGUGCGUAACACCGCUGUACUGGCCCCAUUCUUAUUGCCCGUAAGGCCCGUCCUUAGAUAUUCAAUGGGUUGAAUUUAAACUCGAUUUGUAUGAAAUUAUUUUUGUAGCUAUAACUACUAAAUAAAAUAGCUAGGAUCACAACCUCUGUGUGCACCUAGCCUUGUUAGGUCUGUUAGGCUCUUAACUUAGCGUUGACUUAGCGGCAUACCGCACUGACUUAGAUCAGUUAAUUUAAAAACGAUAUAGGUACCAUCACUUUUGGACAAAAGUCGCUGGCAAGACUGGUUAUUUAUUUAUUGUUAAAUUAUUUGGGUGCAUACUAUUUCAUAUAUAAUAAUAUAAUUGUCUUUUUAUAUUGUAGUUAUAAUUUUUUUUUUGUUGUUAGUUAAUAUACUUAUGAUUUAUUAAAAAAUAAAAUAUAUUUUCACAAAACACUCAUCCUAAUUUUUUUUAACGAAUAUACAAUGUAGGUAAUAUGAAAAAUAUCACCAGUUCGAGUUUCGGGCUAUGGUUAUUUAAUAUUAUUAAAUUAAGAUUACCUAAUCUAAUUUUUUCAUGUCCCAGAUCUAUAGCUGAAGGCAACCCCGUAUAGUUUUUCUUACGUCAUUAUGUCAACUAAAAUUGUUUUUGGAAGUAAAAAUCAAAUUCAUCAGGCUCGUUAGGUAUUUCUGUAUGUAAAAAUUUUGGCACAAAUAAUAUAACAUAUCAGGGUGCGCGAAUGUACAAUAAUUUACCAGCAAAUAUUAAGAAUGCACCAACCUUCAACAUUUUCAAAUACAAACUAAAAACAUGUUUUAGAUAAUAUUUCAGCCACCUAAAUCCGGCCCUGGCAAACGGCAACACGUUAUCGCCUCGAACCUUGGUAACAAAGGAAACUAUGCUUACCCGCCACUUGUUUUAGAAUCGCGCACUUUGGAAUAAAAACAUCGCAAGAAAUUAUUACCUGUUAAGUAGUUUAUGUCAGCGGUGAUAUGGUAUUCAUUUUGUUAUUACUAUUCCCUACUAGAAAUAAAAACAAUAUGUAAUUUACAUCACUAUUAACGCUCCCUAUAUAUUUUUUUGUAUGUAUCAACUUAUCUCAUUAAGUGAAAUGUAAUAUUUCUUUUGAGAUAAAUAAAAUAUCUUUAACCCGAAAAACGAGAACUUAAAAAAAUACUAUUCUUGCCAGCGAAAAUUUAUUUGUAAUACAUGAUUAUAUAUUAAAACAAGACAGGACUAAUACGUUACCUUCGCAUUUUAGUCUAGGUAUCCUAGGUUAAGGGAAGCGAUGCUAGCUCGUUAGUUUAGGUAGACUAGCGUAGAACGCACAUGUUGUUCUGGGGCGGCAGGCUGGGCGGGAAAUGUAGGAAAAGUUAGGAAAAUAAGGUCAAAAAUGUGAUUAAAAAUCUAUCAAAAGAUACUUUAGAGGCACAAUGCCACAGCGGUAAAAAAAUAUAUUUAAAUGAAUCAUCGACUAUUACUUACCAGUCACCCUGUGUGAAAAUAGAUCAUUCAUAAAUAUAAAUAUCUUCAUUAUCUCUAAUCUAAACUAUGAAUAUAUAUUUUUAGUCUCAUGUUAAGUAUUGAUACUCAGUGCUCCGUAAAUUUUAAAAUGUACGACUCCACAGUUAACUAGGUAUAUUAUGUUUGAUGUUUUUAAUGAUAACGUCUUAUAUCAUUAGCCCAUUUGAGUACGGUCACGUCUGAAAAUAUUGAUACGAAAAAAGUGCGAAAAAUAUGUAUACACGACUUUAUUGCCCAUAUAUUAAGGUAGUGUAUACAUAUUUUUAGCACAUUUUUCGUAUCCAUAUUUUCAGACGUGACUGUACGUACGACGCUUGAUCAACCACAAAAUGUGAAUUAUUGUAAUGUCGUGUUCAUUAAAAAGAGGCUCAUUAGUAUUAAAAUCGAUGUAAUGUUGCAUGUUAAUGUAGUUUAAGUCCAGUCUGCCUCUCCAGUUUCGGAAUGCCGUAAAAAUUAAGAAAAAAACGUUUUAGAAGCUAUUCGGGUCUUCCUGUAAGGGGGACGUUCCAAAACAGGUGUUGCCAGCUUAAAUAUAUUUAUUAAGUGACGCAAGGUAUCCAAAGAUGUAAAUAGGUUGAGAUUGUAAACAAAUUAUUCAAAUUUGAAGAUAUUUUAAUGUUUAUUAGCAUAUUUUUAAGUUAACAUUUUAUGUCAUAAAAUAGAACAUAUUUUUAAAUUAAAUAUUAGUAAUGAAUUUCAAGGCCGUUGUAAUUCUAUUUUUUAUUCCAAUAUUAUGUAAUUUAAGAUCUGAGCACUUCAAAAAUGUUACUUAAAUGUUCUUAGUGUUAUUUUUCUCUUUAUAAUAAUAUGGUUAAGUAUUAAAGUGGAAAACGGUUACGAAUCAAUUAGUAUUAUAUGUUUUUGAUAGUUAUUGAGUAACGACGAGGCACGCAUGACAAACUUCUUUAAAUUAUUGUUUAUUAAGUACCUUUAGAACAUAUUUUUCUAUAAGUAUCUCUCUGUAACUUUCAGUAACGCUCUACAGACUAAAUUGAAUUCAACGUUUACACAUAUUAUGUAUAUUCGUUGUGUACAUUUUAUUUUUCAAACAAAAUUCAUGAAAUAGUCUUCUACGUAAUAGGAUGCUUUCCUAACUAUCAAUGCUCGGUAACUUUCUAUGGUAACUACUAAACCACAAUAUCUAUAGCUUUCCGUAGCUAUGAGUUUUUAGAAACCUAUUUCAAAAUAUUUAGUCAUAUGUUCGCUCUUGAAUCUGUUUUACAUCGACAGCUUUACUACAACUUUUUCGCCACCCUGUAUUAUACGGGGUGCGGUUGUGCGCGCCUCGCCUCGCCCGUACGGGCUUGUUCGAGUAGAUAGCUUCGGGAACCUCCCGCUAGUCGUAGUACCGAUGAUAUUAAUACUGUAAUUACAUUUUGAGAUGCAGAAUAAAUUAUUGCCACAAGAA